CGCGCAAGAGACGCACAUAAGUACGCGCCCGAACCAACGGACGCUCUUGCAUUAGCCGCGCGAAUGCACUACUGACAAGCGCAGUGAGAUACGUAAUACGAUCUAUCCGUGAUCGUUAAUGUAAUUAACGAAGAUAUCGAGAGAAGUCAAGACCGUCCGUCGUUAAUCCUAAUCUUCCGUUAGUUUUUUACCGCAAAGUGCUCUAUUCGGUGUUUUCACCAAGUGUGUGUGUGUGUGUGUUUGUGCGAAUCGUCACGCGUUAUCAAAGAGAUACGCGCACGCAAUCGGUUAAUAAAUCGCGCGAUUUUAUACAUGAAAGAACGAUGCGCGCGAAUUAACGUUCGCUGUCGUUUGCGCGUGAUUUUAAUUAAUAGUAAUUCGCAAAACGUUUGUCAAUUGCGUUGUCCGACACAACGCUUUGUGUGCCAGUAACCGGUACAUGAACAAUCAUACGUGACGAGAAUCCAGAAGUCACACCAAAAACACAAAGCGCACAACUUUUCAUCGUACACACAAGAGAUACUGUGAUAAUGGCUAAUCAUGAAGAGGAUAAGAGCGAGGGCUCCGUCGAUAUGGAGGUUGAAAACAAGGAAGAAGAAUCCGAGGAACCUGAGAAAAUAAUGAUCAUAGAUCCUAGUAGCGAAGAAUUAGAUUUCAACCACUCGAGAUUAUCCAAGCUAGAAAAUCUAGAACCGUUAACACAAAUUCGGAGAUUAUGUUUCACAUGGAAUCUGAUAAAAAAGAUAGAAAAUCUCGAUACGCUUGUCACUCUGGUGGAAUUAGAAUUAAGAGAUAAUCAGAUUAUUACUAUAGAAAAUCUGGAUGCUCUUGUGAAUUUAGAGCUCUUGGAUUUGUCGUUCAAUCGUAUCAAGAAGAUAGAGGGGUUGGACAAUUUGUUGAAUCUGCAGAAAUUAUUUUUAUCGUCAAACAAGAUCACGAAAAUCGAGAAUAUCGCGCAUUUGUCGAACCUCACGACAUUAGAAUUAGGCGAUAACAAAAUACGGGAAAUUGAGAAUUUGGACGGUCUUAAGAACUUGACCAAUUUGUAUCUCGGCAAGAAUAAGAUCUCAAAAAUUCAAAAUUUGGAAAGUCUGGAGAAUCUCACGUUGCUGAGUCUACAGAGUAAUCGGAUCUCGAAGAUCGAGAAUAUCGAAGAGUUGAGGAAAUUGGAUCAAUUGUAUUUGUCCGAAAACGGUAUUACUUGCAUAGAGGGUAUGGACAAUUGCCCGGAGCUAACGACGUUAGAUCUGGCUCAUAAUAAAAUUAAGAAGAUACAAAAUUUGAAUCAUCUGGAAAAUCUCGAAGAGUUCUGGAUGAACAAUAACGAAAUCGAAGAUUUCUCCACAUUGGAGAACUUAACGUCAAACAAGAAAUUGCAGACCGUGUAUCUGGAGCAAAAUCCUAUCGCGAAGGAUCCGAGUUACAGAAGAAAGAUCAUGUUAUUACUACCGUGGCUCCAGCAGUUAGACGCGACUCUUUGCAAGAGGAUGAUGGCUCAAGAAAUCUUUCAUAAUUUCAGCAGCGAUUAAAAAAACCGUUUGCGUUAUCACGAGAUAAAUCACAAAAGCAAUUCCACUCCAAAUAAAUCCAAAACAAUUAUCUAUAUUUCUGUGCUUCCUAGUCUGUAAUAGCGUGCACUUCGAACUGCUCCUCACAAAAAAAAAAAAACACACGUGUGCAAAAAAUCAAUAUUGAUAUUUAAGGAAAGUAUAUUCUGGUUAUAUAUAUAUAUAUAUUUAAACAAAAAAAAAA